AUGUCGUCCCACGGACUCUCCUCUCCCAUAUCUUCUCAGAUUGCGCUUGAAGACCACAAGACAGAUCCUGGUCGUCGCUCACCAGCGCAUUCAUCGAGUGUCGACGCCAACCAAAAACCAACCGUCACCCGCGCCCUCCAGAGUCUGCUCAGUGCCCCGCAGUCGGAAAAAAGCGCGGGCGCUGGUAUCAGCGGGGCAACUCCUCUCAGGGCACACGCUGUCCGCAGCCCGGCUGAACCAUUCCAAUCGUCUCCUCUGCGUACGAUUUCGACAAUGGCGUCUGCGCCGAGCUCUCCAGAGAGGCCCAAGGCUGGUGUCGACGGUGCCUCUCGUAGAUCAUUGGACAUUGGCAGUGGCACCGACCGCCGAGCAUCGGUGAUUGGCAUCGAGGAGGACUCGAAAUCGGAUAUUGGUCCCUCAUCCUCGGACCAUCCAUCGGCCAAGAAACGAUUUUUGCAAUCGCGAGACAAACCCCAGGCUCGGAGGGGAAUGGCAGCAAUGAUGUCGGGGCUGGAAUCAAGAUUCUUCCCCAAGAGCUUUACCCGCGGCAGAGAGCCCGGACGAGGAUCAUCACAACGGGGCUCGUCGCUGGACUCUCGAUCUCCGUCCUCAUUUGGACGCCCGGUCUCCCCUGGUAGCCGUGCCAAUACGGACUCGGAGAAACCGACUCCCAUUAACAGUGGAAGAGGGAAGGCGCUCCAAAUGGAAGAUGUGCACAACAAAUCGGAUGAAGUGCUAUCCAAGCCUGCGGGCAACCUUCCUGAUUACGUGAAACCUGUUGCACAUGGGGACUCUGGCGAGCGCCUGGCCAAGGAUGUUUUUGACCGGGACAAGAACAUCAUCGAAAGCAGUGAAGAUGAGGGCGAAGAGACGUCGAGUGAUGAGGAACACAUGCCCGGGGAAGCUCGGGGACGCAAGAAGAAAGACUCUGAUAUCAGAACCAUCACUCCAAGUGAUUUCAAUAAACCGAAGAGUGACAAGCCCACUCAACCCGAGGAUGAGCAAAAACCUAGCGAGAAGCCUCCAGCAGGACCUCAAGAGAAGAAGCCCAAGAAGUCGGCCUUGAAAGCCGUUGUUCAUCCGCAGACAAGCUUCGACAUCCCGACUCCACAUAACCAGUCAGCCACCAACACCCCAUACGGAUCGGAAGACGAAGCGGAGGUGGAUGACAUCAAGCGUGCCCAGAAACUUCGCAUCUCCAUGUCCGCUAUUGACAACCUUGUUCACAACCGAUCAAUUCGCACAAUCGUUCGCGGCAAUUUCACGAGCUUGCAGGAGGGAGCCGAUGGCAGCCGGCGCCGGCGGCGCAAGUAUUUAAUUGCCACAGACCUGAGUGAAGAGUCGGUAUAUGCGCUGGAGUGGACGAUUGGGACCGUUCUGCGGGACGGGGAUACCAUGUUUGCCAUCUGCGCCGUGCAUGAGGAUUCCAACAUCUCUUCAGUGCAGGUUGGUGAAGGAGCCAAAGCAAUCCAAGAUGCCACAGCGGUCGUUGGAACUCAGACCAAAGAAGCGACACUGAACUCAGCUCAACCAUCCCGCAACCUUCUGGGCCGUCUGGGCCCUGGCACUGCCAGCAAGUCGGGGUCUGUUGAUGCCCGGGCAUCACCCAUGGCGGAAGCAGAACGAGUUAGGGCUGUUGAGGCUGUGUCGAACACCUGUGUGAAGCUGCUUCGGAAGACACUCUUGCAGGUUCGCAUUGCCGUAGAGGUGAUACACUGCAAGAACCCCAAACUUAUGAUCACCGAAGCAAUUGAUGAACUCGAACCUACACUGGUCAUUGUGGGUGCCCGGGGUCAGAGUGCUUUGAAAGGUGUUCUUCUUGGUUCCUUCUCCAACUACCUGCUGUCCAAUUCCUCGGUGCCGGUGAUGGUGGCCCGUCGCAAGCUCAAGAGACACACUUCCAAGGGCAGAAUCAACACGAACUUCCGUCUUUCUAAUAACCUGCCGACACCGAAGAGUCUUGCACAAGCCAAAGUUGACUGA